UCCUGCCCGCCCACCGCAGCCCGUGCGGCAGCGCGCGCGCCACUCCCGGGACGCUCCCUGCGCGGCGAGGGGCGCACCAUGGCGCGUCGGGCCGCCCUAACGCUGCUCCUGUUCGGCCUGCUCGGAAGCCUGGUGUCCACCCAGGAUGAUUUCGAUUUAUCGCUCGCCCUUGAUGAUGACAAGAAACCCACUCCUCCUCCACAAAAACCAGCGCCCGGGAAUGAUGACUUCGAUUUGACCGAUGCCAUUGGUGGUGGAGGAGACGACGACCGAGUGUCACCCAAGCCGCCGAAGCCAAAACCUCAGCCAAACCCCAAGCAGCCUGGCACUUCUGGGAGUGAUAACUGGGAUUUAAACGAUGCCCUUGAUGGUGGAGGAAAGGGUGGCGGAGCGUCACCCGACUCACCGAACUCAAAACCUCAGCCAGACCCCAAGCAGCCUGACUCUAACGAGGAAUCUCCAGGCGUGAUCCCGGGGAUCGUGGGUGCCGUCGUGGUGGCCUUGGGAGGAGCCAUCUCCAGCUUCAUCGCCUACCAGAAGAAGAAGCUGUGCUUCAAAGAGAAUGCCGAAGAAGGCGAGGUGAAUAUGGAGAACCAUCGCACCAAGGCUGAGCCAGCAGUUCAACAGACUCUUCUGGAGAAAUAAAGACGUUUGGCAGCCGAGCAACCGCAGCGGAUCGCGAGCUUGCCUGCCGAGCCGCUCCAGAGAUGGGCCGGAGGAGCAGAGAUGGCCCCCUGGGACCUCGCCCCGGCUUGUCCGUGCCUUCUCAAGCUGGAUUCCUCGUUUCACCGCUCGGAUGCUUUAUCCCCCGCUCCCCUCUCCACCACGUCCCCCUCCGCCGGGCUGGGCGGGUGAAACUUGACUUGUGGUGAGUUUUCCAUCCACCAGGGGGGAAAAUCACAUGCGCCUUCUCCACGACCCCGAGGGGGCUUUCCCGUGAGUGCAGGGAACGUCCGACCGACUGAUCGCCAAGGCCCAUCCAAGUUGCCAAGUUCCCAACCAUCAUCGUGCAAACGCCACCGAAGUUCCCCGAGCGGAAACUCUGGACCGUUUACAAACUGCCUGUAAAUGGAAUGCUUCUGAAACCAUUAACGAAGUGGGCGUUAAGCCUCAAGCAAAUUUCCUCAAAAGUUCUUUCAUUUCUCGUGAAAUUUUUUUUUUUUCCCACACCAGACUAAUAAAAAGAAAUUUAGAAAUCAA